CUUCUUACAUUUGUCUUCUGUUUCACUCCUAAAGUCUAUGUUCUUACCUCAUCGAAGCAAUAUAUAACCUAAAGUUUGUAUUUUUUUUUUAAUAUAUUGUUUUUCCUGUGCUAUUGUUAUUGGGGUUUGUGGGUUUUGAGUUUGAUUCAUCUGGGUUUGAUCGGAUUGAGGAAAGUGAGAGAGGAGAAACCGUUUUCUGGGAAUUUCUUGGUGGGAAUUUGGGGAACAACAGUAUUGGAACAUGGGUUGUUGAUUGAGAUUGACUGAAUUUGAUUUGUUUAAGAAAUUAAGGAUUUUGUUUUUCAUUUUCUGUUUGGUUUGAUUUUGAGGAGAUGGGUUGUUUUCCUUGUUUCGAUUCGAGGGAGGAGGAAAGGCUGAAUCCUGAGAAGGAAACCGAUGAUCGAAAGCAAGGCCAAGCUGUGGUCUCCCCUAACAUUUCCAAAUUAUCAUCUGGAGGGGACAAACUUAGAUCAGGAAGUAAUUUUGGGUGUAAGAGGGACUUGCCAGCUUCCAGGGAUGGGCCUAGUGUCCAAAUUGCUGCUCAAACUUUUACUUUUCGUGAGCUUGCAGCAGCAACAAAGAAUUUCAGGCCAGAGUGUUUCAUAGGGGAAGGGGGUUUUGGCCGUGUGUACAAAGGACAGCUUGAGAGCACUGGUCAGGUUGUUGCGGUCAAACAAUUGGAUAGAAAUGGUCUCCAAGGUAACAGGGAGUUCCUGGUGGAGGUUCUCAUGCUAAGCCUUCUUCAUCAUCCUAACCUAGUGAACCUGAUUGGUUAUUGUGCUGAUGGGGACCAGCGGCUUCUUGUCUAUGAAUUUAUGCCAUUGGGAUCAUUGGAAGAUCAUCUUCAUGAUCUUCCACCUGAUAAGGAGCCUCUAGAUUGGAACACUAGAAUGAAGAUAGCAGCUGGUGCAGCUAAAGGGUUGGAAUACUUGCAUGAUAAAGCCAACCCUCCUGUUAUUUACAGGGACUUCAAGUCAUCCAACAUAUUACUGGAUGAAGGGUUUGAGCCAAAGCUAUCUGAUUUUGGACUUGCAAAACUUGGUCCUGUUGGAGACAAGUCACAUGUUUCAACCAGGGUUAUGGGGACAUAUGGCUAUUGUGCUCCUGAGUAUGCCAUGACUGGGCAAUUAACAGUUAAAUCUGAUGUCUACAGUUUUGGUGUAGUAUUGUUGGAGCUGAUCACUGGACGUAAAGCCAUAGAUAGUACACGACCUCAUGGAGAGCAGAAUCUUGUCACAUGGGCACGUCCAGUAUUCAAUGACCGACGGAGGUUUUCAAGAUUGGCAGAUCCUAGGCUACAGGGACGGUUUCCAAUGCGAGGCCUCUACCAAGCUUUAGCUGUGGCAUCCAUGUGCAUUCAAGAACAGGCUUCCAUACGGCCAUUGAUUGGGGAUGUUGUCACUGCUCUCUCUUAUUUGGCUAACCAGGCAUAUGAUUCUAAUACAGCAGGGCAUGGCCACAGAGGUCCUGGGGAUAAAGAUGAGAGAAGAUUUAGAGAUGACAGAAUUGCUAGGAUAUUAAAGAAUGAGGAAGGGGGAGGAUCUGGCUCCGAGAAGGAAGACUCUCCAAGAGACACUGCUAGGCUGAUGAACCGGGAUUUUGAUAGAGAACGGGCUGUGGCUGAGGCAAAGAUGUGGGGGGAGAAUUUGCGAGAAAAGAGGCGACAAAGUGCACAGGGCAGUUCUGAUGGCUCCAAUGGAUAGUAUCCCGGUAAAUAUGCUAGGCACCAUCUCCCCACCAACUAUACUCUAGCGUUCUCACUGGAGCUGGCUAAUAACCAUUCCUAGGCCUUUCUGCUUUCAUGUAAACAGCUAUAGACCAUGCUUGUCCAGUUGUCCUUGCCCUAAAAGGGAGAGAGAUGGUGCUCAUUGUAAGGAACUUGAUGCUGACAUGUUUGUAGCAGUUUUGUUACUUUCUCUUUUCUCUUGUUUUGCCCCCUCAAAUCACUGAGCAAGAUGAUGAAAAGUACCAUGGAGAGUGUACAUUACUAGAACUAGAAGAGCAAGAGCAGAAUGACGUUGUGUAUUUAGAAAAUUUUGAAAAUCAUCCAUCAUCCAGAUCAAUGUUAUUCUUCUCCUUGCUCCUGUAGGGUUCUUGUUCCGGAGCAUUUAUGUUGUCAUGUUGUACUCUUCUUGAUGAAUAUUUUCCAUCCAAUAGAAGUAACUUAAAAAA